ACUUCACGCCAGUCUGCCGCGAACGAUGCGUCGGGCGGUCGUGUGUUCCGUGUCGCCCGUAAUCGUUCUCAACUUCGAAAUUGUUUUACGAAAAUAUGUAAAGUUUCCAAACAUAAAAUUGUGCAGAACUGCCGUGUCUAGCGCAACGCGUAGUGUUUAAUUGACUAGGACCGACCUAAAUAAGUAGUUUUAAGUUAUCGUAACUUAAUAGGCUUACUCGUUUUACCUGCAUGCUUCGUCCCACGAGUCGUGCGAAGCGGUUACCUUUAUCGGAUAAAACGAACAUUUUUCAAAUGGAUGUGCGUUCUUAUUAUGUGAUAGUGUGCGUGAUUUGUGUGUAUACAAGACUCCGUGUGUGCUCCGCCGCUUCUUGUGACAAGUUUUUACUAUAGUGACGUGCUCAAAAUCGUAAUUUCUUCAAGUUUGAUUUGAGAAAAUGGUACGAGGGGGAGAGAGGGGGCUCAUCGCCGCGCUGUUGGUUGCGGUGGCGUCGGCGCAGUAUACGAAAGUUCGGGAUCACACAACACAUCACGUUACGAGAUUAAGGCAUUCAAGGCAUCUCGAAGGGUACCUGCCAAUACAUUCAUCCUACACGCCGGCUACGUCACCGAAGCUGGCAGUGAAGGACAACCACAAGCCGCUGUUCACCGAAUGCCUGAAUUACAGGCCGACGUUAAAAGAGGAACAGCCCAUCGGCACUUAUGUGUUCACAGUCCAUGCGGAGGAUCGAGAUCCACCGGAAAUGGGUGGUACAGUCACGUACAAAUUUGUCUCAACUCCUGGUGAGAAAGAGCGAUUUCACGUUGAUCCUGAAACGGGAAGAAUAACUACAGCCGAUAUUUUUGACCACGAUGAGCCAUCUCGUGAAAAGGAAGCCUAUAUAACAGUUCGAGCGAGUGACAACGGCCAACCUCAAUUAGACGAUGCGUGCACAAUCAAAAUACUUAUAGAAGACAUCAAUGACAAUCAGCCAGUCUUCGAUAAAGUUUCAUAUUCGGAGUCAGUACCACAAGAUUUGCCGAGCGGCCGCGAGGUGAUGAGGAUAUCAGCCACUGACAUCGAUGACGGGAACAAUUCCAUCGUACACUACAGCCUUGAUUCCAACUCUCCCGAUCAGGCAUAUUUUUACAUCGAUCCAGACAACGGGGUUAUAUUUUUAAACAAGACUAUUGACAAAGUCCCAGGAUACAAAUUCAAGUUGAGCGCGAUAGUAAAAGACAUGGGUGAUCCGCCGCAACAAAGUUCGAUUACUUUAGACAUCCAAGUCGUGGAGUCUAACAAGAAAAGCCCGUCUUUUAUAGAAGUGCCCCUUCAACCGAUAAGAUUAAAAGAAAAUUACGCAGACUUCACCACACCCAUAGCUACCGUAAGGGCGGUAUCAAAUAUACCUGAAGAAAAUAAAUUACAAUUUGAGCUGGUGAUGGGUCAGACUGAACAAACAAACAAAUGGCACACGUUCGUUUUAGAACCUGAAGCUAAUACUGCCUAUAUCAAGCUUGGAAACCAUUUAGAUUAUGAAAAAAUUACAGAUUAUACAUUAACUGUUAGAAUACAGAACAAUUACAAAUUAGCCGCUGAAACGAUAAUCCAAAUAGAAGUUGAAGAUGUUAAUGAUAACAUACCAAUAUUUAGUGAAAUAAGGUCCGGUAGUGUUCUAGAAAAUGAACCUCCCGGAACGCCUGUAAUGCAAGUAAGAGCAUUUGAUGCUGACGGUACAUCAGCAAACAAUCAAAUAACGUAUGAACUAGGAGAUGCAUCUGAUCCCUUCGCUAUUGAUAGUAUUACGGGAAACAUAACCACACUCAAAAUGUUUGAUAGAGAAGAGAGAAGUUUUUAUAACAUUAAAAUCAUUGCAACAGACAAUUCAGAAUCCGCCCUUAUUCCUGGAAAACAUAAUGCAGGCCAGCAAGUGUUCCUUAUAGAAAUCGCAGAUAAAAAUGAUAAUCCGCCACAUUUCACACAAGAUACGUAUGUCGCAGAGUCGAUUGCUGAGAACGCAAACAUAAACGAGCUAGUUACACAAGUUACUGCUUUGGAUAUAGAUACAGCAUCUGUGGUAACGUACAGUAUUGUUGCUGGCAACACUUACGAUGCAUUCGUCAUCAGAAACUUUACUGGUGAAAUCCGAGUCAACAACGAGCUAGAUUACGAAAACAUAACCAGUUACAGUUUAGACGUCAGAGCAUUCGAUGGAUUAUAUGAAGACUAUGCUAAAGUCCUCAUCAAGAUCGAAAACUUGAACGAUAACCCGCCUGUCUUUUUGGCUAACUAUACUAAGACGAUCGAGGAAGAGAAAUUGUAUGAAGGGUGCAUUGUUAAGGUGGAGGCUUACGAUCCAGAUCUCGACAGAAACGAGCCGCAGAACAUUGUCUACUCAUUAGUCAAGCACGAACAGAAGGAAUUCCUGCAGAUCGACAACGAUGGCUGCCUUCGUCUCACCAAACCUUUAGACAGGGACCAACCGAGUGGAUUUGCAAGAUGGCAGAUUUUGAUCAUGGCAGCCGACCACGGGGGCAGACUGGGAUCAGAUAGCUUGAGAUCCACAACUGAGGUCAUAUUGGAGCUCACGGACAUCAACGAUAACGCACCUUUUUUGACCAAUACCCAACCAGUGAUAUGGUAUGAGAAUGAACCGCCAGGCCAGGUGGUUAUACUCACGGCCAAGGACUAUGAUUCUGAUGAAAACGGACCUCCAUUCACCUUCGCCCUCAACGAGUCCGUCAGCUUCGAUAUCCGAUCCAAGUUCCACAUACAAGGAAACAUUUUAUCUACCCUCGUAUCGUUCGAUCGUGAGCAACGCAAGGAGUACAAGAUACCAGUAGCCAUCACCGAUUCAGGCAGCCCUCGUCUGACCGGCGUCUCCAUCCUUCACGUGGUCAUUGGCGACAGGAACGACAACCCCAUGGGACCUGGCCACAGUGACAUAUUUGUCUACAAUUACAAGGGCGAAGCUCCAGAUACGGAAAUCGGGCGUGUAUUCGUCAACGAUCCAGAUGAUUGGGACCUUCCUGACAAACGAUUUAUGUGGAUCCCGUCCUACGAACAAAGGAGUCCGUAUUUCGAUGUUCACAGCAACACUGGGAUGAUCACUAUGAAAGAAGGCACACCUAAUGGAACCUACACACUUAGGUUCAACGUGACAGAGGAAAACGAGCCACUUGUGCCCUUCCACUUCGUCGAGGCGACAGUGAACGUCACUAUUAAGGAGAUUCCCGAGGAGGCUGUCGACAAGUCCGGAUCAAUUCGUUUCGUGAAUGUCACCGCCGAGGACUUCAUUAUACCAGAAGCUGAUGGUACGAGUAAAAAGGAGAAACUGCACCGACGUCUCGCGGAACUGUAUAACAAAUCUAUGGACAACGUAGAUGUUUUUACGGUAUUCAGCAAACUGACGGUGAAGGACGCAUUCUUGGACGUGCGGUUCUCGGCGCAUGGUUCACCGUACUUCGAAGCUGAGAAGUUGGACAGUAUGGUCAUUGGAAUACAAGAAAAGCUGGAAGAAGAGCUACAAGCCAAGAUAUACAUGGUGAAGAUCGACGAGUGUCUCAUAGAGAAGGAACAGUGCGAAGACUCCUGUCGCAAUGUGCUGAUGAAGAAUAACGUCCCUCUGUCCGUUUACACCAACACCACCAGCUUUGUUGGCGUUUCUGCCAGGGUCGAGUCGGAGUGUACUUGCGAUGUCGAGGAACCGCUUAUUUGUCUGAAUGGAGGAACACCAUUUGCCGACAAAUGCGAAUGCCCUGAAGGUUGGAACGGGCCGCACUGUGAGCAGACCAGCAUAGGUUUCCAUGGCGACGGCUGGGCCAUGUACCCCUCUCCCCCCGCGUGCCACGAAGGUCACAUCACCCUGACUGUGACGUCACACACCAGUAACAGCCUUAUCUUCUACCUCGGGCCGUUGAGGUUCAACCCGCUGUUGGAUGUUCAAGAUUUCAUGUCGCUAGAGUUAGUCGACGGAUAUCCGAAUCUUCUAGUAAACUAUGGGUCAGGAACGACUCGUCUGAACAACAGUGUUAUAGAAGUCGCCGAUGGGAAGCCUCAUCUGAUAGAGAUAGUCCUGAUGAGGAGCUCCAUAGAGAUGUUCGUGGAUAGAUGCAAGUUGUCGACGUGUAUGAGUCUUGCUGCACCCACUGGACCUAGGGAGAUCCUCAACGUGAACGGUCCACUGCAACUGGGAGGUGCGAGCAUAGAUCUCCAAAACCUGGCGCGCUCGUUCGGAUGGAAACACGUGCCCACCAACACCAACUUUAUGGGCUGUAUCAGCAAUUUCACAUACAACGAUUUUAUGUACAAUUUGGGCCGUCCGUCCGUCGACCACAACGCUGACCCUGGCUGUCAGAAGAGCGUGUUCACAGCAGUCACCUUCGGCAUCGAUACUAACUUCCUAGUUGCUAUACUCGUUUGCAUCGCCAUUUUAAUCAUCCUUCUACUGGCAGUGGUGGUACACAGAAAGAGAGCAGACGCGUGGGCGGAGAAAGAACUGGACGAUAUCAGAGAAAACAUCAUAGCGUACGAAGACGAGGGCGGCGGCGAAGGCGACGCCGGCUAUGACUUGCAUGUACUGCGACAGAUGUAUGAUGGACCGCCUCCAGACACGGACCCUGCGUUUAUGCAUGCACCAGGUGUGGUAGGCGCCGCGCCGGACAUCUCCGGCUUCUUGGACGACAAGAAGUCCGUCCUGGACCGAGACCCGGACAUCAAUCCGUACGACGACGUCCGGCACUACGCGUACGAGGGCGACGGGAACACCAGCGGCUCGCUGUCCUCGCUAGCCAGCUGUACUGAUGACGAAGAUCUCAAAUUCAACUAUUUAUCUACAUUCGGGCCACGUUUCCGCAAACUGGCCGACAUGUAUGGCGACUCUGAUGAGGACAGACCACCGCACGAGGAGUCCUGGUGCUAGCGCCACGCUUGGCUCGUGUAGCCACCCAACAUUCAACCCUACGCGCCCGGAAUAAGGGCGAAUUUAUCCUGACAGUUUGGAGUGCCCAAGUAAGACCAAGCUUCGAGAUGCCUUAUACAGCGUGUUUUUAUUUUUGUGAAUGCUGAUUAAAUAAUUUAAGUGUUGUGACAUCGCGAACCCACCGGACUUAGGAACUGAAGCCUGUGAUAUUCGCGGUUAUUUUUUGUGACAUUUGCGCUUUUUAUGACAUUCUGGACCAAUUUUGAAGUUGCUAAAUCACAGAAAGCUGUCAAUGAUAACUCUGAAGUCAAGUCCCACGUUUUUUACUAAUUCCAAUUUUGAAAUAAGUGAUAUUAUCUAAUGCAAAAGUUUUAACAUUUUUGUUGCUAAAUAAUUUUUAUGUUUGGAUUUAGCAACUCAAAUCUAAGGUCAUUCCUACAAUUUUCAUUCCCCAAAAAAUUCAAGCGAUUGUGAAUUGAUGAAUCGUAUUAGGUGUUACGAAAAUGUCCUAAAAUAAUGUGUGUUAAUCGAAAAUUGUAUCUUGUAAAAAUCGUAUGUAAAUUACAUAUUGGGAAAAAAAAAAUUCAAACAUUAAUGUUUUAAGAAAUGACUGAUUUGUAACAUUGUUUAGGCAUCGUUGUAGAUACGCCUAAAUUAUUUCUUGUAUAUGUAAUUUUUAUAUAUAUUAAACUAAGGAGCCGUUGCAUACGACUCGUGUAAGUUAAGCUUAGGGCAUACUGUGUACCUACCCGUACUAUAAUACAUUUGGAUUAUGAUUAUUUUUGUAUGAUUGUAAAUUAUUGUGGCAAAAUGCUGGGAGUUACGUCCCUCCCGUUAUAGUAUUAUGAUUGGCAGCAUUUAUGACAGUUGUAAUUAAAGUUAUUUUUUUUUAUUUUUGUACUAGAAUAAUGUUUUAAAAGUUAAGUGCCAUUAUGUUCAGUUUGUAAUUUUAUGUUUGCGUACCUACCAUAUGUACUCACAUGCUAGUCACUUUGGCUUCUCGUUUUGAAAACUUACGUAAAAUUUAUAAUAGUAUCACAUUUUUAUGUAGUAGCUGAAGUGAAUAGGUAUCGUGGUAGUGGUCGAUUCCCGCCCAUUUUGUAAUUUCUAUUCGUGUUAAUUUUUUUACAUUGUUAGAAUUAAGUUCUUUUUUACAAUUUUUUUUUAUUUUAAUGACUUAGGUACUUUAAUUUUUUAUCUGUGCAAACUAAUGUUUGUUUAUUUAUACAAAGUGAUUUUGUAAAGCGUCCAGUUCUAAAUAUGUAGUUCGUUUAAAUAAAUAAAUGAGAUAAAUAUACUUUGGUUUUAUAGUUCAAAAACCUUUAAUAGCCUAUAUUAUACAGUGUUAUAGUUUGACUAUUAGUUUUAUAUGAACACUCACAUACACAUAUAACAAUUUAAAUAUUUAUAGGCAGAAUAUGAUUAUUUUGCAAAGCUAUUUUUCAUAUAUUCGGAGUAUAAAAAUUUUAACAUAUAAUUUUGACUCAAGGAUUUGAAAUUUUUUACAGAAUAUGUGUACUAGGCCUAAAUAAGUGUAAAUAUGUAAAUUUCCCAUUAGCCCAUACAUUUAAACUUAUGUGGUAAUUUAACUAAAUUUUGUAUGGUAAAGUUAAAAUAUUCAAGGUGUCUUAUAAUUAUGCAUAUCAACGAAUUGUAAGGUAUAAUUCAUCUUAUCUCAUCUGUCUAAAGUUAACUAUAUGUCACUAAUACACUUAAUAAAUAACGUAAUAAUCAUAUAUCUAUAUUCAUUACUACAUAAUAUAAUGAUAUUCAAUCAUAAAUAUAUCCAUUCUAAGUAAUAUAACGUUUCUCGACAUAUAACGAAACUGAUAUAAAAAAAAAAUACUUAAGGAAAGAUUAAUCUUGAAAAAUGGUUGUCUUAAAAAGUGGCAAUAUUUCAUUAUGGCAAUUAUAUAAUUUAAUUAAUUCCCUACAUAAAAAUAAAACUGGUGUAAAAAAUCCAGAUAUAUAUAUCCGAUCAUUAUAACAUUAUUUUGUCAUUAAAUUAAUAUGCAUCAGUAGAUUACCAUUAAAGUAUCAAUUAAAAGAUCAAAAACACAGGCUCUAUCUAAACAAUCAAUUAAUAAACAAAACAUGCAUUAAUUUUAAGCAACUUUUUAAAUAGGCCUACUUUUUAAUAAAUCCCGCUAUUCGUGUAAAAUGAUAUGUCCAAAGUUAUCCCUGGAGAUCUAGGCCGAGAUGUUGAGAUACACCAUCAAUCUUUUUGAUUUAUUACUCUGUCCAUUCAACCCUUGUGUGGGUAUAGGUAUAGUUUAAUUUUAGGCUUGUAAUUUAGGACCCACGAGCUUAACGGUUAUGACCCGCAAGAAAAAAACUAUAUUUAACAUUUAGCCGGUGACUUUUACUAUAUAUAGAACGUGGUUUGUUCUGGAGUUCGCGCUUUAUUGUGUUAUGUUAUCGGUUGUUUGCUUAUUAUAUACAAAUACAGAAGAAAUGAGAUUAUAUAAACUUACAACAAUCAAGAUAUUCCUUUGAAUGAACACUGAUCAACAAAUUUUUAAUACAAACCAUAGAGAUGUAAAGUAUUUCACGUAACUCGGUCUUCGUAUACGCGAUACACGGGGCGAGUGUAGACAGAGAAGGAAAUAGACGUGACUGAUUGGCAUUGUAUGAGUACGAGUAUGUCAAAAGAUAUUCGAUUUUGACAUGACAACACACACACUGAAACAUUUUUUCACACGUAUUUUAACCUAACUUAUUUAUAAAUUGCAACAAGUUGAGAUUGCAAUUUACUUACAUUACAUUUUUUUAUAAUAAAACUUAAAAUCUAUUCUUAAUUGAGUUAUUUCAAACUUGUUUGGAGCGUGAAUUACGGUAUUAUGAUACCGAAUAUCGAAUUGCCUUGUUACAUAAGUUGCUCCCGUAUUUAAAGGAAUGGAAUGGAUGCUAUCUAUCCGUCUAUUUACUACUCUGUCUACGAGUGCGGAUAUAUAACGACAGAUGUUAUCGACUAAGGAUCAGGCGGCAGGCUAUUUCAAUCAAUCAUUAAAAGGUAUGUGCACCUUUGAAUGAAUUUUAUAAAUGAAGUUUACGGUCGCUUCUCUCGCUCUUCUGUUGUUAUACUCCUCUCCGCGCUGACGAUGACGAGUUAUUGACGCGCUAAGAAGCGCUACAGUUGCAUUUAUUCUACUACAACUUCUACUACUACUACCUUAAAAAACCUACUAAUUUAAUAAAAAUACUACCUACUAAUUUUCGCUCCGUAUUUAGAAGUGCUUCGCAACGUCACAAACCCUAUAUGCGUAUUUUUUUCUUGACAUUUCGUGGUAGAAAGCUGGUCGACGUUUAUGGGUAGAAAUUCAAGUUGAUAACCCGUCCCGAUACUACUCUAACUCAGAAAUAAUGACCUGACUGGGAAGUAGUGUGACUUUUUUAUUGCGAAAAAUAUCAUUCAAACAUCACUAAAAUGUGCGCUACAGACAUGCGUCUUCUACCCACAUAAUCCAGUCGGGCCACUGCAGCGCUUCUUUACGCACAAAAUGAAAAAAAUAUAUACAUACUGUCGAAUUGAAACCCCGCCCCCCCUUUUGAAGUCAGUUAAUUAAAGUGUUCUUUAUCGGUUAAAUAAAGGUAAAUGGAUAAAAAAACCGCAAUGUCAACGUAGUUAGGAAUUUCAUUUUAUGUUUUUGUUUUAAAAAUAGAAAUUAAAGCAAUAUCAAAACUUAAACCAGAACAUUGAACUACAAAAUGUAUCUUAAGUUGUUGAAAGUGUAGAAGAUAGACCAAUCCAAAUACCUAGAGGCCGAAAUUCUAAAUUGGCCGAAUGUGUCGGCACACUGGGUAAAUGCGUCUUCUCAUUUGUGCAAACAUUUGGACAGCUCGCUCGAUUUCGCUCAAGCGAUAAUCGGAGCUGUUGACUGGUUUAGUAUUCGUGUACCCUAAGCUUUACAUUAGUACACAGAGUAAACUGGCAGUGAGGAUGCGUAAAGGUACAUAGUAAAUUAGGGUUGUUUCUGAAGGGUUUUGUUUUAAUUUUUUAUCUUUCUUUUACAAAUGACUUAAAAUAGUGUACAUACUGGUAGAAUAUAAUACUUAGUAACUUUUUUUUUAAACACAUAUAGAUAGGUAUGUCAUUAUAGACGGAGAACCGGUGGAUCCAAGACCUUCCUCAUUUUAUAAAAGCUGAAAGUUUGACAGCUCAUGCUUCUACCAUAAGUACGUACGGUAGCCAAUUAUGGAGUUUGCACCGUGGUGACUUUGGGUGGUAGCAGGUUUUAAGGAUCCAGAGCCUCAACCGUCUAAGUAUAAAGUAUAUUUUUUUUUUAUAUUUUUAUCAGCUAUGAGAAAUAAUAUACCCAUUUUCUAGACACUUGGCUUCAUGGCAACCUUUCGCUAGAGACCCUUGGAGUUUCAAAACAAUUAGUGUUUUUUCCAAGGGUUGCCCCGAAGCUAAGUGACUGACGACUGGGAAUAUAAUUUCUCAUAUUAUGCCGAGGAAAACAUGAUAAAAUUACACUUUAUACUAAUACGGUUGAGGGUCUGGAUCCUUAAAACCUGCUACCUCCCAAAGUCACCACAGUCUAGCUCUAUAAUUGGCUACCGUACUUACUUAUGGUAGAAGCAUGAGCUGACAAACUUUCAGCUUUAUAAAUGACGAUGGUCUGGAGUUCACUGGCUCUUAGUCUAUUAGCGUUAAAUGCAGCUAAAGUUUAAAUUGUGACAUUGGACGUGACUUCAACCCCCAUCAACUUGUAAUACAAGUACAUGUCGGUGUCACAAUGCAGUCAUGCAUAUUUGGCAUUGACAUUGCUUAGUGUGACGCCAUUGUCACAGUAUUUUGUAGUACCGUUCAAGUUAUUUUAGCCACAAAUUCUAAUUUAAAUAUUCUGCUUAAUUUAAUUUACUUUUGUACACGAUAUUUUGCGUACAAAAUAUAUUAAGGUUUUAGUGAUAAACAGAUAACCUAUAAUGAUUUGAAAUAAAGUAAGUUAUACAUAUGUUUAAGAAAUUCGUAAUUCCUACAUUCCAAUAAAUGAAAGUUUUAUGAUAUAAAUAAUAAAAAAAACUGUUGAUGUAUUUUAUUGAUAGUGUUAUUGGAUCAAUUAUUCGUACUUAGAACGUGGCGGCCAUUUUGAAUUUCACGCCGAUCGGCAAAAUGGCCUUCAUUCGAAACACACUGCCAUUAAACAAUUUCUUAGCAUAUAUUAAUAAAUAAAACACUCUUAUGUUCUUAAAUUGAUACUUUUAAUUUAUUAUUGACUUUUAGUUUUUAUACGUUUAUUGAUAUCAAUAUAAGAACUUAAGGUGAGUUGAAUUGUAAUUUUUAAAUUUAGAAAAGUUCAAAGAUUUCAAUCGUAGACCCAUAACUAGAGACUCACAAUUUUUAGUCAUCAACUGAAUGCUGGUUUAAAUAGUUUAUUUAGACAAAUACAUAUUUAUGUACAUUUUCAAUAUAAUGGGUAUAAAGUGAUGAACAAACAAUAUAUUAUAAGAGUCAAGCGUAGUACAGUGCUCGCCACGGAUCUUUAUAUUUGUGAAGUUAGCAGCGGAAUGACUAUAGACAUGCGUCUAGCCGGCUCCCCGCCCGCGUCGUUUGUACCGAUUUGAUUGAUUUAAUUCAUUGCGCAGUCAUUUGUUGCUAACUUCACAAACACAAUGUCUCGUGGCGGGCACUGUAUAGUGCGGUGUGCAAUCGAAGACUUCGUUUAUGUGGUAUGAUGUAUUAUGUAAUGAGUUGAACUAUCGUCAAUAUGCAAUAUAUCGAGGCAAGGGUCUACGAUUUAAAUUUUGGCUAAACUAUGUGUGUUUGUAGUUAGUAACCAGUGCUCAGUGAGAUGUUACUGCAUCUAGAGUAGGAUUAUUAUAAAUGUGAAUGUUUGUUUCUGGAACUAGUUUGACCGAUAUAGUUUUUUUUUAAUUUUAUACAAAUAUUAAUGUAUUUUGCACUUUCGACACAUUAUCGGACUAUUUUAACUGACUAUUUUAGUACAGGGGCAGGGUAAAGGAGAGGGGAUCAGUAAGUAAUAUUAUGGAAAAUUGACAUAAUGACAACUGACGAUACUUUAUUUCCUCGUUUAUCUUUAACCUCUAGAUUGUUUAACAUCUCAUUGUGUUCCUAUAUGGUGUAUGGGAGUAAAGUUGAUCGCAGACUACCGGAGACGUUUUGAAUUCUGAAAAUAUGUUUAUAGGUAAGCGAUCAAUUAAAAAUGUUGCAGUAAUUUUUAUUUUGUAUAUAAUUAUUGCCGAUAUAUGAAAUAAUUGAGCUUCUAAUCACAUAUUAAAAGAAUUGUUUUGUUUAUUUAAGUCCGUCGCUCAAUGAGGCGUACCGAAUCAAUGUCAAACUAAUAUAGACCAUGCUACCUUUGAAAUUGAGUCGAAAAUUAAUUAACACGUAUUCCUGGAGGAUUGUUUGUAAUGUUAAUUAAUGUUUUAAGUGAAACUACAACUUUAGGCUGCAUUGUCACUUACUACUAAAUCGCAUUGUACUAAAACACAUUCGUUCAUACAAUUUCAUUACAACACCACCAAUGAUUUGAUUUUUUUUCAUUUUUUUUUGUUGAUUUUUGAUUUUUCUAAUUAUAACUUGAUAUAUGUGAUUAGAAGAUAUGUUGUAGUAUAAAAUUCAUAUAUUUAAUACUUGUAUAAGGAAACCGUGAGCGUCUAGUGAAGAGCGAGACAAGAAUAUUUAAGUCGUAAUGAUAGACAGAGAAAGAGGAGUCCGACUGAAAGAUUGUCAUAUUAAUUGUGUAGGUAGCGUAAGGACGUAUAAUUUUUAAAUUGUUUAUAUAUAGAUAAAAAUAUUCAAUUCAUUGGAAUAAAGUGAUGAAAUUGAUUA